CCUCCUCAUAACCACCAUGGCGCUCGGCGGUCUGGGGGCCGUUCUUCUCUCUGGCCACCCCUCCCUCUCGCUGGGCCAUGUCAUCUCCCAGGUGGAUCUCAGUUCGGUCUUCUUCGCUGUGGUUUUUGUCAUAAUUGUUUUGGUACUCGCGUAUCUCACCAAUCCAUCCGAAAACUCUUUCCGGAACUAUCUCACCGAGCAGUCAUUCAAGCAACAUAUUAGCCGACUGGACGAAGGCGGGCAGGAAGACGGCAUUGCAUCUGACGAUUCAGGCGUACACUUCACCCUUUCUCGCAGAACGCCACCCAGCACUCGCAAAUCAGGAAGCAACUUCGACCCCACCUCCCCCUUCCAUUUCGUCAGUCGUGCUUCCGUAUCCCUUCGGACUCCGAAGCACGUCUUCUACUCGUUUGGCAUCCUCACGAUAGCAGCACUCUAUCCGACGGGCCGUCCGCAAGACCGUGCUCAUGGCCACGCGAUCUACUCCGGGAACCUCGUUUCAUCUGUCUCAGAUGCGUGGUUCGUCGGCCUGUUUGGGCGCUGGUGGCGGGGAGGCAUCAUUCAAAGUUGGUGGUACGACAUGCUCGCUGCUACGGAGGAGGACGAUGAGGACGGGCCUCCGGGUAUAUUGAACGUGAAGGCACUGGAUCUACUCGAGGGAUGUGACGGUCUACCGUUCCCCACCCCUUCGCGCCUGCCCUCCGAUGCGACUGCAAAGCUCAGGGGAACCGAGCGAUCUACCGCACGAUCUCACAAUGCCGCACCUCGGAGCAACACUCCCCCUCCACUCCCUAAAUCAGCGUCUCUGCCGUUGCACGCACCUCGUAUCACCAUCUCGACGCCGCCGAAAGGCAGCUCAACACAUCUUCAGCGUCUCGCGUCGUCUCCUGCACAGAGUUCGGCGCCCUCGACGCCUGACACAACGCGACCGCCCGCGCCUCGAAUGCUUGCGUACUCGCCCUCGUCAACAUCGCUCUUUGAUUCGUCUCCCGUGAUCGCGGAAGUGCUGCGCCAGAUCUCGCAGUCCCAGGCCGCGGUGAAGGAACUGAGCACGCAGCUCAGUGACGUUCGCAGCAGCGCGUCUGAAUCCCAUACGAGCAUCCAGAAAGAGCUCGAGGAGCAGCGUCAGCGCAAGCGUGACGAAGAUACCGCGCGCGCGGAGCUGAAGACGCGCACGAAGACGCUCGAGGACUCGAAGCGAAACGCAGAGACGAGCAAACGCGAUGCGGAGAAGCGGUUGCGUGCGGCGGAGAGCGCGCGAGAUAGCGCCGUGGUGCGUAUUGAGAAGCUGGGCGCAGAGAUCGGAGCACUGCGGACGCGCAUGUGGGAGGAUGAAGAGAUCGUACGAUCCAAGGAGGAGGGCGACGCGCAGGAGGAGGAGACGCAGGCGGAGCUGGAGCGGAAGAGGAAGGAGAUCAGGGUCGCAGAGGAGGUCGUCGCCGCGCUCAACUCGCGCGCGAAAGAGCUGGAGGAGCGCAUUGCACAGGAGGAGGAGCGCCUCCUGAAGGCGAAGGAGCAGGCGGAGAUCAAGAAGCAGGAUCGCUCCUUCUAUCCCCUGACCGUCGUGCCAACCGUGAACGAGGAGGACCUCUCCAUCCCGUCGUGGUCGUCUGCGGCCUAUCCGGAGCCCCAUCAAGCAGAAACCCUCACGCAGGAGCUGCUCGACCAUCACACCUUUGACUAUGCUGAAAGUCAGGUAGACUUCCCCAUGCCCAUCCAACCGCCCAGGAGUAAAGGUUCGUCCUCGUCUGGUUCGGCCAACAGCGACAACCGGGAGCCUUCCGUCUCGCCGCGCCCUGCCCGCCUGUCCCUCACAGGCAUCUCCAACUUGCGCGAGCCUAUCCAACGCGUACUCCCCGAGCCUGAUCCUAACGGUCAGGUCUUGGUGCGUCCGCACGCCUUCCCACUCUUCAACGGAGACCUGCCUAGCACGCUCUCCACUCGCUCUACGUCGACUCGCUUCUCGCCUUUCAGCGACACCGAGGACGCUAGCGAACUAACCGUCCCACCCCAUGUGGAGCCGAACACCGCGAGCAGCAUAUCGUCGAUGAGCACGUCGCUCAUCCCGACAGGCCUCAUCAGCUCGCUCGACAGCACGGGCAGCCUCGACGGGCUCGGCCUUCCACGCUCUUUCCAGUCCGAAGACGACGCGGUGCUCGCGCGCGACUGGCGCAAGACCGCACGCUUCCCGCCUCCGCCCCCUGUCGAGAGCCCGAACGCGGGGCGCACUGGCGCAUACACGACUUCGCCACUCUCGCUUACGUGCCCCUCGUUUGACGGUGUGGACAAGGACGACCCGUUCGAGGUACGCCCGCCGCCCCCGCGCCGCAGGCUCACCUCAGAUCUUGCGGACCAGCGCGCGUCCUUCCCGCCGACACGGACGAUAUCUGACCCGCCCCUCCCGCCGCCCGGCAUCGCCGCCGCACCCCAGCAGCAGGAGCACGAGGGCCCAGACAAAACGGGCUCCGCGCACCGCCGGUGGUUCUCGCAGCAGGACGCCGCCGCGGCGAAGGAGCGCAGGGGGCUCAACCCAGAGGCGAAGGCGUUCUCACUCACCAAGAAGUCCUUCCCCUCGCUCUUCUCCGCGCCCCAGCCCCAGCCGUCCGCGCAUGCGCUCGCCGCGUCCCCGUACGACAGCGCGUCGUACGCGAGCAGCACGAGCCUCGCCUCGUCGCUGGCCUCGCACCCCAGCAGCAGCCUCUCCACCGCGUCCACGCUCAGCCUCCCGCCGUCGCUCGCGGGCGCCGCCGACGCCGACACCGUGUUCGCGUCCGUGUCGAUGCGCGCAUUCGCGCCGUCCCCCGCGGAGCGCGAAGCGCUGCAACGCGCAUUUGGGGGGUCCGCGAACACGAGCCUCGAGCGCCUGCCGACGCUGAGCGAGGUCGCGUCCAUCCCGCCCUCGCCGCCGCACCCGCACGUCCACGCGAAGGACGGCGCGCUGGGCACGGGCCGCACGCUGCUGCCGCCGGGGCUCGCGUGGCUGCACUCGCUGGGCCCGUUGCGGAAGCCGAAGUUCAGCCCGUGGGAGGACGAGGAGACGAACGAGGCGGGCGUCGCGGACGGCCGCUAGCUUGCUGCUGUCCUGCGCGCCGCGGCGAAUCAGACUAUCUAUGUAUGUAGAAUUGAAGUGCGCGAGGGGGCGGCCGCGGGGUUCUGCUAGAGCGCGUGUGGAGGCGUGUGCGGUGCUUGUGUAUGUACGGGGCGAAGGCAGUGCUAGUGCAGCAAGAGUAGGAGCAGUGUAGUAGGAGCAGAAGGGGAGAGCGGGAGAGAGGGGGGCGGUCGCCUCCGUGAAUAAGUAAUGCACCGUAACGAUCCCAAAUGACAAGAAUAUCUCGGC